ACAGAUUUGUCUGUCCGUGUUAGCUGUCAUUCUUGUCACAGUCAUCUGUUUCGUGUUUACUUUUCUCUGUUAAUUGUUUAUUCUGAAGGAUGGAACACGAUUCUCUUGAAGAUUAUUUGACCCUUUCGGAAAAAAUUGAAGGAAAUGGGAUUAGCAAAGUUAAAAGUUUACUAACUACUGCUCAGAAGAGGCAAGAAUGUGAAAGAAAAGCUCUAGGCAUAGUGCAGUUAUUUCUAGAAAGGAGUGUCAGUGCUGAUUUAUUCCUAAAAAGUCUUGUGUACUUAAACCCUGAAUAUUAUGAAGAUAUCGCUGAAGAAAGAGCUUUGUUAAUGUUAUGUGGAUAUCCUCUCUGCAGGAAAAAAAUCUCGAAACCUAAGUGUCGUUAUAAAAUAUCCAAUAAAAGCAAGAAAGUGUAUGACUUGAAUGAAUAUGGCAAUUUUUGUAGUAUCUUUUGCUUCAAUGCAAGCAACCACAUAAAAUCUCAGAUUCUUGACAGUCCUUUAUGGUUGAGAGACUUAGAAGAUGUACCAACAUUCAAUCUUCUUUUAAAAAAAGUAACUCAAAGUGCUGCCGGAGUAAAUAUCAAAUCAAAAAAAAUUGUGAAGAAUGAAGAAUUCACUACCAUUUCAUCAUUUGCUAAAUUAUCUCUAGAUGAUGUUGGCGAUAUUGAUUUCUCAGUUUCAGCGUUGGAUGGAAAGCAAAAGAUUAAUACAAAUGAAAAACCUGGAAAAAAGGCUAACAAAUCUCAAUUAUCAACUCUUAUAGAAAGCAGUUUUGAGGAAAAAGAUGAUGUGAAUGAUAAACUAGAAGAGAGUGCACCAUGUGAUAAAAGUAAAAAUAAUCCUGAAACUUUGAAAUCUGAAAAAGAAUGUAUGGUUACUAGAAAUAACAAAGAACCAUAUGAAAAAAACCUUUCACAAUGCGAAACUUACUGUAAGGAUGAAAACAUAAGAAAUAUUUCUGAUGAAGUGAAUAAACCCAGAAAUCUGGCUGCACGUGGUAAUGAUCAUAUUCUAAAAGGUAAUCGUCCAAAAAAUAAAAAAGGCCCAACUAUGGACGAUUUGUCAAAAAUUACAAAUAAAAUCAAGAGCAGAAUACAAAAAUCAACAGUAACAAUGAUUGACGCAUUACCAUUGAAUGUUAAAUCAAAUGAAGUGACAAGGCUAAAUGAAAAAUAUGUUGAAAGAAAAAAGGAGCUGUUGAAUAAUAAAUCAUUAAUAGAAUUAAAAUUUUCAUUGCAAGAUUCAGGUGCUGUUGAGAACACUUUACGAAGUGUUUUUAAUAAAUGGAUUACCUUGGAAACUCUCCUCCUCAUCCAUGGUGAGGCAAAGAUAAAAGAAAUUCUUGAUGAGAAUAAACUAACUGAACAUUUUGAAAAGUUGAAAAUUAGUCAAUUAGAAAUAGAUCAUCAAAAGAAAUAUGUAUCUAUUUGUAGAAGAUUGUGUGAGCAAGAAAUAUUUGAAGAAAAGAUUGAAUCUCAAUUUUUGGAAAAUAAACUCAAGCCAUUACCAGAUUACCACCAAUUGAAACGUGAAUCAAAGGAAUUUGAUAUUAAAGUAAAAACUUUCCUUAAUGGGGAUCUGCAUGAAAGUAAGGACAAAAACUUUGGACCAGUAAAAACGGAUCAAACUGGGAAUACGGAGGAAGAGACUAGUUUCAUUCCAUUAGCUCAUCAGAAUUCUCAAAAUGCUUUACGUCAGAAAAUUCUUUCAGAAACCUUGAAUAAAAGUUUACAGUUUUUGCUGGAUUAUAUCAGUUACGAUUCCACAUAUGUUUUAACCGAUCUGAAAGAUUUAAUUAGAACAUUCAAAUUGGAUGCAGAAAACAUAGUUUUCAAGCCUGUUAUUAGAAAUUAUAUAGCAUUUAUUUGCUUGAAAAUAUUGUCAUUGAAAGAUGAUAAGUUGUGUCAGGAAUUGGAAAAAGAAGAAUUCAAAGAGCUGGAGGAUUCAAUAUUUGAAUACUUUCCUGGUAAAAAAGGAAUUCUCAUAAACACUUUGAAAUUAAUUAGUGAUGUGGAUGGAUUUUUGGAAACUUAUGUCAUUUCAACAAAUUCAUAAUAUUUUAUAUAGUAUAUAUAUUCUUCAAUGUAAUUUUUUGUAAACUUCUGUUUAUUUAUUAAAUUAUGUUACACUAACACA